CUGACUGACUGACCCUGCCCCGCCCAUUACACACUGAGACCGCCCCGCCCAUUACACUGAGUGACACUGUCCCACCCAUUACACACUGAGACCACCCCGCUCAUUACACCGACUGACACUGCCCCGCCCAUUACACUUACUAACACCGCCCCGCCCAGUACGCACUUACACCGCCCCGCCCAUUACACGCUGAGACCACCCCGCCCAUUACACUGACUGACACUGCCCGCCCAUUACAGGCUAAUACCGCCCAUUACACGCUUACAGACUAACCUAUCCCGUCACACACUGACUCCGCCCCCAACACGCUCCGCCCCUAACCCCGCCUCCCCAAUCAGGGCUCCACAUUAUAUCUGCGUCCGUCUUUUUUCCGUAGAUCUAUAAGUCCCGCCUCCCGCAUCUUCAGGCCUGAAUAGACUGACUGCUCCCACGUGUAGCGCAGCACAGCAGCGAGCAGACAUGGCAGAGCUGGCUCUUUUCAGUGUGUCUGAUAAGACCGGGCUUGUGGAGUUUGCCAAACGGUUGAGCUCCCUCGGACUUUCCCUGGUGGCCUCUGGUGGAACUGCAAAAUGUCUGCGUGAUGCCGGUCUUACUGUCAGAGAUGUGUCUGAACUUACUGGUUUUCCUGAGAUGCUGGGGGGCCGUGUGAAAACCCUCCAUCCUGCAGUACAUGGAGGUAUCCUAGCGAGAAGCACCUCUGAAGAUCAGGCAGAUCUAACCAGAUUAGGUUUCAGCUAUGUCAGGGUGGUUGUCUGCAACUUGUAUCCCUUUGUGAAGACUGUAUCUGCACCUGGUGUGACGGUGGAGGAGGCUGUUGAGCAGAUUGAUAUCGGUGGUGUAACGUUACUUCGAGCAGCUGCCAAAAACCAUGCCCGUGUCACUGUCCUUUGUGACCCCAGUGAUUACAACAGUAUUGCGGAUGAAAUAGAAAAAUCUGAACAGAAGGACACGACCCUGGAGAGACGCUGCCAACUGGCCCUAAAGGCUUUUACUCACACUGCACAGUAUGACGACGCCAUCUCUGAUUAUUUCCGAAAGCAGUAUAGCAAAGGUGUAUCCCAGCUUCCACUGCGAUAUGGGAUCAAUCCUCACCAAGCACCAGCUCAGAUCUUUACACGUGGACCACAACUCCCAUUGACUGUGCUGAAUGGAUCUCCAGGAUUUAUCAAUCUGUGUGAUGCUCUAAACGGUUGGCAACUAGUGAAAGAACUGAAAAAUGCUCUCAGCCUCCCUGCAGCCACCUCCUUUAAACAUGUCAGCCCUGCAGGUGCUGCUGUUGGCAUUCCAUUGACAGAAGAUGAUGCCCGGGUCUGCAUGGUACAUGAUAUCUAUGCCACCCUCACUCCCUUGGCAACUGCCUAUGCAAGAGCCAGAGGUUCUGACAGGAUGUCGUCUUUUGGGGACUUCAUUGCCAUCUCUGAUGUGUGUGAUGUUCCGACUGCAAAAAUAAUCUCCAGAGAGGUUUCUGAUGGCAUUAUUGCUCCAGGGUAUGAUGAAGAGGCUCUGAAAAUCCUCUCCAAAAAAAAGAAUGGCAGUUAUUGUGUUUUGCAGGUGGAUCCGACUUAUGAACCGGAUAGUGCAGAGAUUCGAAGCAUUUUUGGCUUGCAGCUAGAACAGAGAAGAAACGAUGCUGUUGUAGACUCGUCUCUUUUCAGCAAUGUUGUUACAGCAAAGAAAGAGCUCUCGGAGGCUGCCAUCAGGGAUUUGAUUGUUGCCACUAUUGCUCUGAAAUAUACCCAGUCUAAUUCUGUGUGCUACGCGAAGGAUGGGCAGGUGGUGGGGAUGGGUGCUGGGCAACAAUCUCGCAUACACUGCACCCGGCUGGCCGGGGACAAAGCUGAUAACUGGUGGCUGCGGCACCAUCCACGUGUCUUGGGAAUGAAGUUUAAAGCUGGAGUGAAGAGAGCGGAUAUUUCAAAUGCCAUUGACCAAUAUGUGAGCGGUACCCUAGAACAGGAGGAGCUGGAACAGUGGAAGUCCCUGUUUGAGCAGCCCCCAGAGCUGCUGACCCCAGAAGAAAAGAAGCAAUGGAUCUCUACUUUAACUGGUGUUUCCCUGAGCUCCGAUGCAUUUUUCCCAUUCAGGGACAAUGUGGAUCGGGCAAGGAAGAGUGGUGUCCAGUUCAUUGCUGCUCCUGCUGGGUCUGCUGCUGACAAAUUGAUAAUUGAAGCCUGCGAUGAGUUGGGCAUUGUCUUGGCACACACCAACCUGCGACUCUUCCACCACUAACCUGUAGAGGUGAGCUCAGACUAUAUUUUUGCCCAAAUUCAAAUCGAACAUCUGCUGGUGAUUUUCAGCUUUUUAGGGUAUGUUCACACAUGCAUAUUUUUGCUGCUUACUGACUUCAGCGUGUAGUAAAACCUGCUACAGCAAAUCAGCAGCAGAAAAUUAGCACUUUAAUAAGGGUAUGUUCACACGUGCAUCUCUUACACAGAAAAGUCAGGUGUGAGGGUCUGAAGCUUCCACAGACUUGCAGUCCCAGGAGACAUUGACUUUUCCAUGCAUCUAAGUGCAGCACUCUGAAAAGAAAACUAACCAUUGGAUUCAGAUUUGGGCAAAAAUACUGUUGUUCGCUCGCCUUUGCUAGCAUUCCAAACCCCAAGCUCUUGCCGUUGCUAGAUGAUCUUUGCAUCUUCAAUAAAACAUUCUAAUGCAUUGACAUUGUGUGACU